CCUAGCACAACCACUAGAGAGCGCCCUCUGUACGGAAGUGAAGCUGUCAGCUCGAGACAGGAAAUGAAAGCAGAAAUGUUUAAAUUGUAAAGCAGCACAGACAUCUUGCAGUAUUCUUCCUAAUUCUUCUUUAAACAACAAAAUAUCUCUUCAAAAUGUCGAAGAAUAAUGAUUCGAACCAAUUCAGGAAGGUGGACGUUGACGAGUACGACGAGAACAAAUUUGUGGACGAUGAGGAUAAUGGAGAGAGUCAGGUCGGUCCAGAUGAAGCAGAAGUGGAUUCGCUGAUCAGACAAGGGAACCUGAUGGAAGCUUUGCAGGCUGUACUGAAGAAUCCCCCCAUCAACACCAAAAACCAAAAUGUUAAGGAUCGUGCUGAAGCCCUGAUGCUUAAAGUACUGAGUGCCUUCAAGAGCAGUGACAUUGAGAAGGCUGUACAGUCUCUGGAUAAGAACGGAGUUGACCUGCUAAUGAAGUACAUCUACAAGGGCUUUGAGAAUCCUUCUGAAAACAGCAGUGCUACCCUGCUGCAGUGGCACGAAAAGGCUCUCUCUGCUGGAGGAGUGGGUUCCAUCGUGAGAGUGCUGACAGCCAGGAAAACUGUGUAGAGCUGCACUGGACCUGACUGACUGCCACUGAGACCACUCUCUUAGGGGAUGUGCUGGCACUAUAACCCCCUGGGCCUGUACUCAUAAAGCAUCUCAGAGUAGAAGUGCUGAUCUAGGAUCAGUUUAGCUUUUUAUAUAAUAAUGAAUAAGAAUACAUGUACAUGGUUGAUCUGAUCCUAGAUCAGCACUCCUACUCUGAAACGCUAUAUAAUUACGGGCCCAGAACUGGUUUCCUCGCAGACACCAGACGACCUGUUUCAAAUGGCCCCUUCUCAGUCCUAAAAUGCUUUAUGAUAUUUGAUCAGAAUCCAAUGUUUGUCAAACAUUUUGUGCUUUUGUUGUGAAAGAAGAUGAGAUACUUAUAUCGUAAGAUUUAAAUCAUCUUCAUGUCAUAAGGAUGACAUGUAAUAAUAUGCCAUUUUCAGAGAUAGAUUUUGUGCUAUCAUGGUGGGUAGAUGGCACCAUACGGUCAGAUUUCAUUCCCUCUAAUGCAGAGCAGUUUGUGUGUGAUUAUGCUUGAACUAGUUAACCUGGUCCCAGGUCAGUGGAGGCUGCUGAUGGGAGGACGACUCAUAAUAAUGGCUGGAACGGAUCAAAUAGAAUGGCAUCAAACCAUGUGUUUGAUGUAUUUGAUACCAUUCCACUGACUCUGCCACUACCACGAGCCUGUCCUCCCCAAUUAAGGUGCCACCAACCUCCUGUGUCCCAGAUCUAUUUGUCCUAUUUAGCCAACUCCAAUGGGCAUUAAUAUGCAGCACUAACAGAUCUGGGACCAAGCUAGGAACAAGUCCUUUUGAAUGUAGUGAUGUCAUCACAUGUUCCUGGACACAUCUCAGAGGGCAUCUUCUUUUAUAACGUAUUUACAACAAGUAUAGAAAAAUAUAAUCUCUUGACAAAUCCAUUUGUAGAUGUAUUGAGGAAAUAAUAUGUGUUACUUUAAACCUUCUGAUCAAAUGACCAAAUGCCUUAUUGGGAUAUUCCUUUUGAUAUACUGUAUAUUCAUUUUCUGGACAUAAUAAACAAACAUCCACCUAA